AUUAUCAUCUCGCAUAGCCCGGCGUCGCGGCAAUGUUUUCUGGCUCUUCUUCCUACCUCGGCGGCGCCAACAGCGCCCGCCAACAACCUCAGUAUGGCGCGCAGCAGGGUUUCCAGCAGCAACCGCAGUAUGGCGCGCAGCAGCCGGCAUUCGGCCAAGCGCCAUUGCAGCAGCAGUAUACUGGAUAUCCUGCUGGAGGAUUGCAACCGCAAGCGACGGGCUUUCCGGGCCAGCAACAGCCUCAGCAGCAGUAUGGACAGCAGCAACAGCAAUACCCGGCUUUCCAACAGCCCCAGCUCACUGGCUUCCAGCAACCUCAGCAGCAGCAGCAGCAGGCACCACAACUCAAUGUUCAGCAGCCUCAGCCGACGGGGUUCCAGCAACCACAGCAGACGGCAUUCCAACAGCCAAUGCAGGCGCAACCGACCGGCAUGAACAGCAGUGAUAUGGCUAACUCCUUCCGCUCGCCAGCUCCACAGCCCGCGCCGUCAACACCCGCCAAGUCUGGAGGCAGCAAGAUCCCUAAUAUUCGCUUAAGCUUCAUCACGGCAGCAGACCAGGCAAAGUUUGAGCAGCUGUUCAAGAGCGCGACUAGCGGUGAGCAGGCGCUGAGCGGAGAGAAGGCAAAGGACUUGCUGUUGAGAAGUAAGCUGGAUGGGAACAGCUUGGCGCAGGUAUGGACACUGUCGGAUACCACAAAAUCAGGGCAGCUACUCUUCCCAGAGUUCGCACUGGCAAUGUACCUCUGCAACCUGAAGUUGACUGGGAAAGCUUUGCCACCGUCUCUGCCUGAGAAAGUGCGCAAUGAGGUGUCGAGCAUGGUAGACAUCAUCUCAUUUGCAGUUGAAGACAGCUCGUCCGCAUCAGCGCCAUCGUCCAAUGCGCCCAACUUCAACGAGCCUCCCAAGAUCCAGCAACCUCAAGCACAGAACCCGAGCAAUACUCAGCUCUUGAGCACUCUCACCGCGCAGCCUACUGGAGCCUUUCAAGGACUCCUGCCUCAACCGACUGGCUUCCAGCAGCCACAGCAGACCUUCCAACAGCCAAUGCAGACUGGGCUUCAGACUCAAGCCACCGGAUUUCAACAAGCCCAAGGAUAUACUGGGCCUCGCCCACCGAUGCCACCGAUGCCUGCAGGAUUUGGACCGAGCUCAGGACUGUCGCCGCAGCAGACCGGCUACCCGAUGGCCGCCCCUCUUAAUGCUCAGCCCACCGGUCGACCUGGUCAGUGGGGUCUGGUCAACGCGCCAGCUUCUGGGCUUCCAAAUCUUCAAGCUAUGCAGCAGCAGAUGAUGCCUCAACCUGGCAGAGAAUCUGGCUUCACCACGCAAGGUCUUCGCGGUAACGCGACCGUGCCGUGGGCUGUCACCAAGGACGAAAAGAAGAUCUACGACGAGAUGUUCAAGGCCUGGGAUGGUUUCGGUAAAGGCUACAUCACAGGCAAUCAGGCUAUUGAGAUCUUUGGUCAAUCGGGUCUGGAGAAGCCUGACUUAGAACGCAUCUGGACACUUUCCGAUCCUCACAAUAAGGGCCGCCUGAACCUGGACGAAUUCGCUGUCGCGAUGCACUUGAUCUAUCGAAAGCUGAAUGGCUAUCCGAUCCCGAACCAGCUCCCACCUGAGCUCAUCCCACCUUCAACGCGCAAUAUCAACAACAGCAUAGAUGCUAUGAAAGGACUUCUGAGAGGCGAGGCCGAUGAGCGCAAGUCGUCCGGUGCUUUCUUGCAGCCUCAGAGGACCGGCGUGAGCUACUUGAAGGGUCACUCGUUCAAGGCGAACGGUGCACCGGGCUCGCGAAAAGAUGCGACAGUCUUCAAGAACAACGAUGAUGAUGUCGGAUACCGCUCCUCUGCCAGGCGUAGAGUUGGUGAUCAUGCUAGGUCUGGUUCGCCAGCACUCAGUGACACGAGCAGCGUUAAUACCGCCGAUGAGAUGAGCAUCGACCAGCUGAAGAAGACUAUUCGCGAGAAGCAAGUGUUACUAGACGCUAUGGAUUUCGAGGAUGAGGGUAAAGCAGACGAGGAGGAUGCCUUGGAUCGCAAGGACAGGAAAGAGGCAGAAGAGCUCUUCAGGCGGAUCAGGCGGAUACAAGAGGACAUCGAUGGUCAUCCGAAUAGUGCGUUCAAGACUGGUGACUCCGACGCCGAGAGGCGAGCGUUGCAAAGACAGCUGCGGACCAUGCAAGAUCGCCUACCCGAGCUGGCCAGCCACGUCAGACGCUGCGAGCGUGCGAUCGCAGACGCUCAGCUGGAACUUUUCAGGCUGAAAGAUGCCAAGGCCAACCCGUCAUCUGCGCAAGCAAUUGUUGGUACUGGUCCAGGAGGCGCCGUCACCGAAAGUGAUCGUCUCAAGGCAAGAGCUAAGGCGAUGAUGCAGCAGCGAUCUGCAGCUCUUACCGGCAGGAAGAUAGACGUUGGCGAUGAUGGUACUGCUGCAGCUCAGCGCCUUGAGGAGGAAAGCAAACGCGUCACACGCGAGCGCGAGGACAAUGAGAAGAUGGUCCGGGACGUGGAAGAGAGUGUGACAGAAUACAGCAAGGGUUUGGAAUCAAGUCUCAAGGAAGGAGCUGAAAGUGCCUCUGAUGAGCACGAAAGACGAAGAUGGGAAGAUGGGCUUGGUGUGGAGGAUGAGGUCAAGGACUUCAUCUUUGAUCUACAGCGCAGCUCGCGUGCAGCUCGUGUGCGCAAUGAAGAAAGGCCUCAGCCUCGCGCAAAGCCUCCCGUUGAGGACGAUUCGAGCUGGACCAGCACACCCGUCACUGGCACCGGAAGUCCAGCAUCGAGCAGAGCGCCCGCUGCUUCAUCUCCAGCAACGACCGGAUCCUCAUACUCAAGCUACCGAACUGCGGAAGAACGGGCGGCAUUCAUCAAGCAGCAAGCGGAGCAGCGCAUGGCUGAGCGUCUGGCUGCACUGGGAAUCAAGGCGCCGUCUAAGAGUGGUGGUGAGACUGCAACACAACGAGCUGAGCGAGAACGAAAGGAGCGGGAAGCCAAGUUGCGACAAGCUGAAGAAGAGGACGCAAGACGCGAGCAGGAGAGAAGGGCAAGAAUUGAUGGCGAAUCGAUCGCGCCACCCUCGCCAGCUGCUACCGCAGGCAAACCAAAGCCUCCACCUCCAGCCCCACGCAAGAACAGGAGUGAAAGUCUUCAAAGUGAUACACAGCACAAAGCUGAGGCACGUCAAGAACGUGAACUUCAACAACAACGUCAAGAAGCUGAAGCUUCACUUCGAGCUCUCGAAGAACAAGUCAAAGCCGGAAAAGCCAAGAAAGCCGAAGAGAAGAAGGCUCGAGAGGCAGCGAAGCGCGAGCAUGCUGAAAAAGAAGCUCGUCUUGCAACCCAAAGAGCUGAGAUUGAGGCUGCCAAAGAACGCGAAAGGCAACUUCGCCUCCAGCUCGAGAGCAUGGACGAUGACGACUCCAGCGAUGAUGAAGUCGAACGGAACAUGCCUGCCGAAAGCACGCCAACACAGAGUACAGAAUUGCCGAAGAUUAAUGAGCCGCCGCCAGCUCCUCCGCUCCCAGAGACAUCAGCGCCACCACCUCCGCCACCGAUGCCUGAGACCGCGACAAGUCCGCCGGCCGUGUCCAGCCCGCCAUCCGAAUCGAAGAAUCCGUUUUUCAAGAGCAUGAACCAGUCAGCGGCCUCUACAUCCAACUUCACGUCGCCAGAAGCUCCUGAGAAGAAGGACACGAAUCCGUUCCAUCGUCUCACUCAGCAAGACCUUGCCAAACAGCAAGCACUUCCUGAACCGUCUGCGGCGCCAAGCAGGACAAGAUCAAAGCCAGCUGACGAGGAUGACUGGUCUGUGCUCGAUUCAAGCGAUGAUGAAAGUGACGACGACGAUAAGCCGCAAGGCGGAAGUGCGAAGCAGCUUGCGUCAAUCCUGUUCGGCACGAUGGCUCCUCCACGACCCUUGUCUGCAAUGGACAGUCCAGUCUCGGGACCAGGAUCGCCGGCCAAUGCAGGCCGCAUCGCCAGUCCUCCGCCUACAAACAGCACGCCAAGUGCACCGCCGCCACCUCCGCCUAUGCCUGGGUCUUUCGACGAACCUCUUGGCGCACCGCCGCCUCCUGGACCUCCUCCACCACCAAGCAUGCCUCCAAGUUCAGGCCCGCCAGCCGGUCUACCUGAUCGUAGUGGUCUCCUCGAACAAAUCCAGCUUGGCAAAGGGCUGAAGAAGGUGCAGACUAAGGAUCGCAGUCAGGCUUCCACUGCUGGGCGAGUCUUGUGAGAUGCUUGGCUUAAAAUGUAAUGGUGUGUAGUGUUCGUAUAUAGACUGAGCAAAGCUGAUAUUACUUCAACCC